AUGGCGGUUUCCAAAUCAUAUUCUGGAAACUUAACGGACAACCUCAAAGGAAGCAUUGCACCAUCUCUAGAUCCCUUUAAACAAUGUGAAACAUUGGCAUCAAAUUCUUCGUUUCCUAGUGGACAGUAUAAAUUGAGCAUGUUUGCUUUCGAUAAGCUUUCGGAAACCACCAAAGCGAAGGUACAAUUGUCAUAUCCAGCAGUGGUCACAAAAACGGUACGUGGUGCAAGUUUAAAAUACGACAGUGCUUUGAGACAACUCGAAGCAUCGAGUUUUGAAAUACCAAAUGCACAAAGUACAAUCUUUUCUAAUAAUAACGGUUUCCGUCAACAGCAGGACAUGCGAAAAGUACGGGCUACAUUUCCAGAUAUAACAGUGUCACGAUCGAUUUGUACUAGCAUAGAUGGGCCACGCCGUCUGUCAUCCGUAGAUGACAGACGGUUUUGUCAAUUAGUGUCCACGCUGACCGAUUCACACAAUUCACUCAAAUCUAAUAGCAGUGUAAAUAGUAUUAUUAUCGACAAUUCAUCGCUUCAAAAAUAUCCUUGUAAAAUCCGUGAAUAUACGCCAUUGUCACCUAAAGGAUGCCAAGAAAUUCGAAGAAAACAUGUGGGAGAAGAUCUAUUCUGGAUUAAUGUGACAUCUUGA